AUGACGGUGCAGCGCGACGAGCGCGACGCGCGCGCUCCGCGCACACGCUUCAUGAUCACGGACAUCCUCGAUGCAGCGCCGAGGGACCUCAGCGCGCAUCGGGACUCCGACUCUGAUCGCUCAGCUACCGACUCACCAGGGGUAAAAGAUGACUCGGACGACGUAUCAAGUAAGAGUUGCGGAGGCGACGCAUCGGGGCUCGCUAAGAAACAAAGAAAAGCGCGAACAGCCUUCACUGACCACCAGCUGCAAACCCUGGAGAAAUCUUUCGAGAGACAGAAGUAUCUUAGUGUGCAAGACCGAAUGGAGCUUGCAGCUAAGCUGGGCCUCACAGAUACUCAAGUCAAGACGUGGUAUCAAAAUCGACGGACGAAAUGGAAAAGGCAGACAGCAGUAGGUCUAGAAUUGUUGGCCGAAGCUGGAAAUUAUGCGGCGUUCCAGCGGUUGUAUGGUGGAUACUGGGCGGGCGUUCCCGCAUAUCCUGCGCAACCAGCGCCUGCAGCUGCAGACCUGUACUACCGGCAAGCGGCUGCGACUGCAGCAGCCGCUGCCUCAGCCACCGCCGCUAACACGCUCCAGAAACCGUUGCCUUAUCGGUUAUAUCCUGGUGCGCCGUUAGCAGGUGUGCCGCCUCUUGGGCUAGGAUUGCCCGGUCCUUCGGCUCACCUGGGCUCCCUAGGGGCGCCAGCUUUGGGUGCUUUAGGUUACUAUGCCCAAGCUCGACGCUCACCGUCCCCAGAUCUGGACCCAGGUAGUCCUGCGCCACCACCACGAUCCCCUAGGGAACCCUCAAUGGAGAGACGCACGGACGACGAAGAUGACGAUGAACCUAUACACGUUUAA